CUCGAACAAUUUGCUUGCCGUUUUUCCUGAUGAGCUUUUAUGCUUAAAUUUAGUCCCUUUUAUGCUGUCUUAUCAUUCGUUCUGGUCUGAACAUUUGUACCAUCUCUUCAAUCUUCCCCACCAUCUAUCAUACUCCCUCCUGGUUCUUCGCGCUUUAGAAGUCCGAGACCUGAUUGAAGGACUCAAGCAGGGGGCGAAUAUCUCUCAAAAUGGAUUUUAGAUGGCGCAUUUCAUUGGUAGGCAAAGAAUCUGACAGGGCGGAAGUCGGUCCGGGAGCCCAUAUCAAUAUCUUGACAGUGACAAGUACCCAACAGAUGGAACGUGGCGUCAAAAUGCAAAGGUAUAAGAAACGGAGAUGGCCCAGAGCAAAUUCCUAAUUCAUAUGCAACGCCAUUCUUGACAAUCGCCUCAUCUCCUCUCCUUGUCUGUCCAAUUUACUACCCUUACCACUUAUAUUUAGUUUCGCUCAACCGAAUACUCAACACUCCUACCAUGUCGCAAAGUCCUCAAGACGAUGGGCCAGACGGGCAUGCCCUUCCCCUGAACCUGGAUAGAUCAGAGACACGACUCACUCGAGCAUCAACGCGGCGCACUCUAGAACGAUACGAGACAAGACCUACCCAAGAUGCCGCCGAUGUCUUGGACUUGCCAUAUGAUAUGUUGGGCGAGGAGGCAGACAUGGCCGAGUAUACGGAAGAAACGGCCGACGGUCUCAAGCCCAAGAGGACUAUCUCAAGAGUUAGUGGCAAGGUUGAAGAGCAUGAGCUCGUCACAUUCAAAAUUAAUGACCCCGAAAAUCCCAAGAAUUGGUCAAAGGCAUACAAGUGGUACAAUACCAUGGUGGUAGCUUUCACAUGUUUUGUGGUUGCUUUCAAUAGCGCCGUCAUCACCGCGGAUCUUGAGGGCGUCAGUGAGACCUUCAACGUAUCGAUGGAAGUUGCUCUCUUGUCCAUCACCGUCUUUGUCAUUGGCUUUGGAGUUGGCCCCCUAGCAUUCGCGCCCUUGUCCGAGAUGUACGGCCGAAAACCCGUCUACGUUAUCACAAUUUUCCUCGCAAUCAUUUUCAUAAUUCCCUGCGCCGUUGCUCAAAACAUUGGCACUCUACUCGUGUGUCGGCUCAUUGACGGCAUUGCCUUCUCCGCCCCCAUGACUCUUGUUGGCGGCACCUUGGCUGACCUAUGGAGGAAUGAGGAAAGAGGUGUUCCUAUGGCAUUCUUCUCAGCAGCGCCAUUCAUUGGUCCUGCAAUCGGCCCGCUUGCUGGAGGUUACCUUGGUCAAGCUGCUGGUUGGAGAUGGUUAUACUGGAUCCAGCUCAUUCUGGCUGGUGUCUGUGGGCUCCUACUUACGUUCACGGUCCCUGAAACGUACGCACCAGUCAUCCUCGACAAGCGAGCAAAAGCCAUGCGCAAAGAGACUGGGCAAUCGAUCUACGUGACAGAAAAGGACCUAGACACUCGACCUCUUGCAGACCGACUCCGAAUCAUUCUGCUCCGGCCGCUUCAACUGCUCUUCCUGGAGCCUAUUGUCCUGUUCGUGAGCCUGUACAUGUCUGUCCUGUAUGGGUUGCUGUACAUGUUCUUCAUUGCAUACCCUAUCGUUUAUGUUAAGGGCAAAGGAUGGUCGGAAGGCAGUACAGGCUUGAUGUUCAUACCGCUCGCACUUGGAGUUCUAAUGUCAGCCGCACUUUCGCCUUUCAUCAACAAGCACUACCUGAGUCUCUGUGCUCGGGCUCCCAACGGCAAGCCCCCGGCAGAAGCACGCCUGAUCCCCAUGAUGUUCUCCUGCUGGUUUAUUCCCGUCGGACUCUUCAUCUUCGCAUGGACAUCUUACCCUGACGUCCAUUGGAUCGGCCCUGCUAUUGGAGGAUGGCCUGUCGGCUUCGGGUUCAUCUUCCUGUACAACUCGGCCAACAACUACCUGGUCGACACUUACCAACAUCAAGCCGCAAGUGCGCUUGCAGCAAAGACUUGCAUCCGAAGCUUCUGGGGCGCCGCGACGGUUCUUUUCACCGCACAGAUGUACGACCGCCUUGGGUACCAGUGGGCCAGCACACUCCUGGCUUUCAUCGCCCUGGCGUGUUGUCUGAUUCCAUACGUUUUCUACUUCAAGGGUGCCGUCAUCCGCAAGCAUAGUCGCUAUGCGUUUGUUGAUGACGAACAGGAUGAUCUGCCGGUUGAAAAGGUGUAGAUAUCAGAUUUGGCAUUUGAUCUUAAGAUAACGACUGGAAGGGUUAGCCAAUUCCCACAACCCAGAUGAAUGAGGCGUUGGUUUUAUGUGGCUAAAGUAUAGACUCGGAAAUAGACUGGAUUUGAUUCACUGUAACUAUAUCAUGUAAUGUAUC